AGAAAGAAUGCCUUGCGGCUGACAGGCACCGGCUCCCUUGGGCGCCGGAUUCCCUUUUCACUUUCUAUUCCAUUAUUUCGUGGCUAUCUAGCACGCCCAAACCAAUACCCAAUAACCUUCCCAUUUCCACGCCUCGGCCAGCAAUUGCGUGGCCAUUCGCUUUAAACACAAUCGCGCGACCGAUCUGCGUGGCUUAGCCACCCGGCUUACAGCCCCGCGCACACGUCGACCGCUGCCUUUGCAGUCGCUUCCGGUGGACGCGCUCCACCUAUUUUGCGCUCCGUGGGGACCCCCCACAGCAGCCAGCGAGCGUUAAUGCUUAAGCCAUCCCAGCCGCCUAUCCCAACCGCCAGCAGGGACAUGAUGCCAUGCCGUUUCCCGUCGCCCACCGUUGGCCAAGCCACGCCCAGUUCCAGGAUCGAUAACGAAGCGGCUAGCCUAGCCACGUUGUCGUCUUCGAAGGCUUGCUUUAUCGGCAGCGAAUCGCAUACAACGCCAUCCUCAAUGCGUAAAUACGCCAUCCACAACAGCGUUGCCACCAAGCCCGUUAAAUCCAUCAUAGAUCAACCUCUUGAGGAUGCGUCCCAGGCGGAUAUCGAUCGUGCUUUUAACACGAUUCUUAAAAAGGCCCCCCAAAAGUUCCUUAACAAGGCACUGUACCAAUGCCUGCGCACCUUUGGGGCCGAUGCGAUCCUUGAAUCGAUUUCCCGCGUUUACAGCCCGGGAUACCAGGCUAGCGAUGCUAAGGAUGAUGAGGAUCCUAGCCGCCCUGCUACCACCCCAAUACCGCCUCUCAACUUCAUGCCAACCCAUCCUGUGGGUUCACCUCAAACACCCAGCACGCCUGUGCCUUUACAAGCGCCUUCGUGGAGCUGCCAUCUCUGCUUUCGCUGCUUUACCGCACAGUCGGCUUAUGAAUAUCACACUUCCAAGGAUGUUUGCAGGCGCGAUCCGCCAAGCAUCAGCAAAGGAUUCAAACACAGCUGCCUGUACUGUGGCGAGGGCUUUGUCACUGCCGUCGACCUGAACGAUCAUAAAAUCAACAAAGUAUGUGGUGUUUCGCCCGUACUUUACGCCGGGAGCGUUGUUACCGGUUCCUCGCAGUCCUCCCCGCCGGUUCGCACACGAAGCCUGCAAGGCGGCACUGUCAGCGGCGUACGCCCUUAUGCGCACAUAACGGGUCAUCAGCGUUUAUCCUCAAACAAGGAAGCCCGCCAGGCCCAGCCGCGGCUCGCUUACCUCGGCACCCCUCCGUCCCAAGGCCACAACAUUGGAAUACCUGCAGCACCAUUCCAUCCCCAGCAAAACGGCGCGCCGACAACGGCGAAGGACAACAGGUUUUCCAGCGCUGGCGUCGACGCUAGACGGGAAAUGCCUAACGACCGUCCUAGAGCCGCUGUUGAGAAUGCCUUCAAGCGGCCCAAAAUCAACGGCGAUGGCGACUCACCCAGGGGGUUGGGCAGACAAGCUUCAUUGGCAAAGCCAGCUACCAGUCGACAAAGUCAGGCAAGCGCGCCCAUCGAUAUAUCCCCAAGCGUUAGCACUUCCUUGCAAGGUGCGCCAGGGGCCUGCGAUUCGGGUGGCACCCCUGUUCCAGCACCGCAAAUCAGGCCCGAGUUAAAGCCCUCCGCUAAGGCCAGCUCUUACCCUACGCCUGCCAAUCGUUCUAACUUUAAGGCUACGAUCGAGGACGAUGAAGAUGGUGACGACGACGAUAACGACGGUAUUCUCGCCGAGGUUCCGCCGGCCAAGUGUCAGAAUAGCACGCACGAGCGCUAUGUGUUACGGCCGAGGAGGAAACGCAGAAUGGUAUAACGCGGACUGGAAUAAGGCGGGCACCCCAACCAACCGCGCAUGCAGGCCGAGUUUCCAAGCAUGUCAUAUUAUGGCCGGGCUAGGGAGGGAUGAGGGGCUAGGUAGUUUAUUUCCAGUUUUAUGUCGGCGGAAGAGGCAGUAAAAUAAAACAUGCCGGGUUGAAAUUACCGCGAGUCGGGU